CCUUGAUUCUUGAGCCAUGGCCGAGCUGAGUAGCUGAAGGGUCACUUUGGAAUGGUGGAUGACACAGCAAUCCCCAUCCAGAAGGACAUUGUUCCGACUUCCGAGACUGGAGGACGACAGCUAUGGAACAACGGCCGAUUCAAAGAAGCGUAUGAUGAGCUGGGACACUGCUUGGGUAGUGGUGGCAUGGGAACCGUUUGGGCUGCCCGUGUGAGCGAUGCAGCUUCCUCUUCAAGGUACAGAGGGCGUUGGGUCGCAGUGAAAGCCAUUCCAAUACUGCUUCCAGAAUCACAUGCUGGAUCAGCCCUUCACCAAGGUUUGCGGGAAUGCCUCUCCACAUUCCAAGAUUUGAGCUCAGCUCAUGUUGUUCGCUAUGAGACUUACUGGCUGGAGGAGCCAGAGCAUUUGCCUGAAGAGAUGCAGCAACUGCACCGGCCACCUGCAGCACACUUGAAGAAGGAGGUUCAGGAGGACUCUCCGUGGGUCUCUUCCCUGCGCUUCCGGGCCAGAGCUGGAAGUGGGAACGCAUUCAGGCGUACUCGCACCAGCGACGUGUAUCCAACUCCCCCGGGGCUGAGUGGAAGUUUCGGGUUUAUUUGGGACAUGGAGGGCGUUCACCCAGACAUCUCGCACCCUCCAACACCACCAAGUCGAGUGGUGUGGCAGGAUGCAAAGACGGCGCCCAAACAGGUUGUCUUGCUGAUCGAGAUGGAGCUUAUGGGACCAACACCAGAUGGAAGCGUGUCAGACGAGAGGCGAACAUUGACCCUCCGCUCCUGGUUGCAGAACGAGCAGCGAACGCUCUCGGAUGCAGCUGAUGUAUUUGGAUCACUCAUGCUGAGUGUUCGGCACAUUCACCGCAAACGCAUCGUACACAGUGAUUUAAAGCCAGACAACAUUUUCUGCGUGGCAGAGCGGUCCAAGGUCGUUGUUCGGAUCGGUGAUUUUGGGCUUGCUGGCGAAAACCAACUCUUCCGCCAGUUCGACCAGUUUUCCUCCAAGAUGACUACCAAAGCUGGAAUGGGUGGCACUCCUGGAUACACUGCUCCGGAGAUUCUUCUAUGCGUGCGAAAUGGGCAUGGAAAUGGGACUGCAUGCUCUGACAAAGUGGAUAUCUAUUCUUGUGCCGUGAUCCUGUUGGAGCUCUUGCUUCAGCCUUUCAGGACUCAUAUGGAGCGUAUAACUACCUUGGACAAGUUCAGUCAGGACAAGAUGGUGCCUGGAUAUGUGGCAACGCGACUACCCAAGACGCGUGGGCUAUUGCAAGAGAUGGCAGAAAGUGAUCCAGCAGCGAGGCUUUCAGCAGAAGAAGUCUGCAAGCGCUUCGAGAAGGAGGAGUUUGAGGAACGAAAUUUCUACAUAGCUAAUCAGCUUAGAGCUGAACGCGGGGUGAGGUUGUCACCAUUUGCACAAAACAGGGUGGUGAAGCUUGGAACAGGACAGGAGAGUGUGCCCUCGGUGAAGAUGGUUCCGGAGGUUCACAGGGGGGACGGGGUAGGGAGGGCGGGCUUGCAAACCUCUGCCAGCGAAGCUCUUUACAAGCAUCCCAAGGUGUGCUGUCUGUCUGAUGAAGGGCCUUGGCUUGGCUUCGGUGGCAGCUUCACGGAGGCAGCUACGGAGACCCUGCAAAAGCUCAGCCCUGAACGCAGGGAUCAGGUCCUAAAGGCAUGCUUUGACAAGGAGGAGGGACUUGCCUACAAUCUUGGCCGGGUGUCAAUUGGAUCCUGCGACUUUGGUUUGGGCAACUGGACUUGUGGAAACCUUGUCGAGGAAGAUAAGGAGCUCGCAGGAUUCAGCCUGGAGCACUACGAGGCCUCGAUUCUACCUACUGUCCAUGAUGCCACGAAGGUUGCAGGUCCUUUGCUGAUUGUUGCAAGUCCGUGGAGCCCUCCGUCUUGGAUGAAGACCAAAAAGGAGUUCAAUGGUGAUGGCCACCUUCGGCAAGACUGCUAUGGUGCGUGGGCGCAUCAUUUCGUUCGGUUCGUGCAGGAAAUGGAAAAAAAAUCUGUGCCAAUUUGGGCAGUUACUGUCCAAAAUGAGCCAGAGGCAGCCCAAAUAUGGGAAUCCUGCAUUUACACAGCUGAGGAGGAGCGCGACUUUGUCAGAGACUACUUGGGGCCAGCAUUUGAGGCAGCAGAGUUGAACAAAGUCAAAAUCAUCAUCUGGGAUCACAACCGCGACGGCAUGCUAGAGCGAGCUGCUGUGGCCUAUGCUGAUGAGAGUGCAGCCAAAUACAUUUGGGGCCUUGGCUACCACUGGUAUGGAGACGGACGAUUUGAGACUUGGCCGGAAAGCCAUGAAAUUGAAUUCGAGGACCGACAGCAUGAAGAUGAAACGAUCCAUGAAUUGAGAGCGAGGCUUGGGUUCGACAAUGUCCGUCGAGUAGCAGAGCUUCGGCCGGACAAGCACAUUAUUUUUACCGAAGGCUGCCAGGAGCUCUCCGGGCGCAGCUUGGAGCAGAUGCUUGAUGUUUGGAAGCUUGGUGAGAGGUACGGCAUGAACAUCAUUUCUGACAUGAACAAUGGUGUGGAAGGUUGGAUAGACUGGAACCUUUGCCUUGAUGAGAGAGGUGGCCCCAACCACGUCGGAAACUUCUGCUCAGCCCCCAUCAUUUGUGACACUCGAAAUGACACCAUUUUGAGGCAGCCGUCAUUUUGGUACUUGGGGCACUUUUCCCGCUACAUCAAACCUGGAGCAUGCAGAGCAGUUAGCAGUACCAGCAGGGAUGUUUUGGAGGUGACUUCUUGGGUAAAUGUUGAUGGCAGUCUGGCUGUUGUAGUGAUGAACCAAAGUGACGAUGACAUCGACUUCUGGCUUAAGGCUGGCAGGCUGCGUUGA